UGUGUUUUAUUGCAUUGUGAUACAGACUAAAACAAAUGGGAGGCAUUAAGAAGUUAUAUCACGAGAAUCAUAAAGCCAAUUUAAUGAGCACAGGACUUAAAUUUAGUCCUCGCCUGAAUACCUAUGUAGCUUUUACUCCCUCCUUCCAGCGUCUUAACGUCUAUAGUUCUCUGCUUGUAGUCUUUAAAAUUCUGCUUCCCAAUCAGGGUACAGUACAGUUGCCCAUUUCUCAGAUCUCUCCUCCUAGCUCCUAGUCUGGUCGUUCCUUGCGUUCUGCAAUUGAAUUUGAGUUAUAAAAUGCCUGUCUGUAUUUAGAAUUCUUUUGAGAGUUUGCUGUUGUUACUUCAGUGCCCACCUCAGGAUCUCGAGUCAUUUAAGAGUGAUUCCUAAAUCAAAGUCAAGGAUGCACCAAGUGCUUGGAAACUUUCCCUCCUCCGGUUUUUAAGAGCCACAGGUCGUCUAGGCAGCCCGACGUCGGGAACCCGCAGGCACCGAAGUGUGGGUCCGCUGAGCAGCAGACACACUCCAGGGCGCGCACAAGGCAGGAAGAGGACACGCACGCGUUCGCGGGGCUACACGCGGAGAGAUCAAGAAGGUUCUACGAACAGGGGGAGACACUGACGCGGAGAGGUGGUCGCCAAGCUCGCACAGCCACUUGGCUUACAUCAGCGGGUGGAAGCAGAGAGUGGCUGACCUGGGCGGGACAUCGCGCAGCCAGCGCUCCACCUGCUCCAGCCCUGCCCGGGAGCGCGGUUCCCGCUGUCCGCGCGCAACCACUUGCGCCUCCCUCCCCUUCGCGCGUGGUGACCGCAGAUCGCUGAGCCCUUCUGCAGAUGCGCCGCGACUGGUGACGAAGGCGGAGUCCACGUUCGGACAGCGGAGCAUCUCCCCCACCCCCCAACCCCGGUCCCCUCCUGCCUCCCUGCCUCCGAGCAUCCUCUCCCCGCACUCCGCUCCUGCCUCUCUGACUUCGAGCAUCCUCUCUGCGUGUCUUCUUCCCUCCCGGCCCACGGCCGCAAAGUUCUCCGGAGAUGAGCCCCGAGCCGGCGACAGCACCGCACCCCCAAAGCCCCCGCAGCACCUGCGGGGAGCCCUUGGCCAAGAGCCUGGAGAAGGGCGACGAGGCCUUCCGCGCAGGCGACUACGACACGGCAGCGGAGCUCUUCCGCGCCACGCUGGGCGGCCUGGCGCAGCCCGAGCGCGGCCUGUGCCUGCGGCUGGGGGACGCGCUGGUGCCGGAGGAGCUGGGCGAGCUGGCUAGCGGCCUGGCGCGGGCCCUGGGCCUACGCGAACGCCGCACUCCCGCGGUGGCCGGGCAGGGCUGCACAUCCGAGGCGCCUGGCGAGCUGGGCCGUUCCUCCGCGCCGGUGGCGGCCCGCGACCUACUGGGCUGCCCGCGCUGCCGGCGGCUGCUGUACAAGCCGGUGACGCUGCCGAGCGGGCUCACCGUGUGCAAGCGCUGCGUCGAGCUGGGGCCCGCGCGGGCGCAGGGCCGGCGCGUGAACGUGGUGCUGAGCGGGCUGCUGGAGAGGUGCUUCCCAGCCGAGUGCCGGCUGCGCAGGCUGGGGUGCCAGGCGCGGAGUCUGCAGCUCCAGCUCCAGCCCGAGGCCGCGCUGCUCAGGUGCCAGCAGGCCCUGGACAUGGCCCCCGAUGAUAACUCAUUAUUGCUGCUGCGAGCAGAGUUAUAUUUAACCAUGAAGAACUAUGAGAAAGCGCUGUGGGAUGCUGAUGCAGUUUGUCAAAGGGACCCUCUCAUGACUAAGGGGCACCAUAUAAAAGCUCAGAUACUUUCUGAAUUGGGAAGAAGUAAAGAAGUGUUAAAGGAAUUUAUCUACUGCCUUGCUUUAAAUCCUGAAUGUAACUCAGCAAAGAAGGAAACACAGAAGGCAAUUUGUGACGUGUUUUUUCCAGCUUCAGAAAAUAUGCAUCAAAGUGUGACAUCUUCCACCCACAGCAAACUAAAGGUUCAGUGUGAUGACCAAAUAAAGCUCAAGGCUCCUCCAGAAGAGGGUGGUAACAGUAACGCAGGGGGUCCUGAGAAUCCAUCCAAGAUGUCUGAUGCAUUCAGGAAUGCCAAGUCUUCAAUUUUAUAUUUUAUUCUGGGUCUACACUGCGAAGAGGAUAAAAAGGCAUUGGAAGACAUCAUCCCAGCUCCACCCAGAAACACUUUAAAGAGACAGCUUCCAAGUGAUAUGGAAGAUGUGUGUGACAUGAAUGUGCCUGGAAAAAUUCCUAAGAAAGAUGUGGAUUCUUUGCCUCAGAGGAACAUGAGCUCUAAGAUGGAAGAAGAUCCAGAGUUCCUGAUGGAUGUAACUGACUUUGAGUGUGCUCUAUGCAUGAGGUUGCUCUUUGAGCCUGUCACUACUCCCUGUGGACAUACAUUUUGCCUAAAAUGCCUUGAGCGCUGCCUUGACCAUGCUCCACACUGUCCGCUGUGCAAAGACAAGCUGUCAGAGUUGUUGGCAACCAGAAAUUUUAAUAUAACUAUUCUGGCCGAAGAACUGAUAUUCCGAUAUUUAUCAGAGGAGCUGUCUGAUAGGAAGAGAAUUUAUGAUGAAGAAAUGUCGGAACUAUCAAAUCUGACCAGAGAUGUGCCCAUCUUUGUGUGUGCCAUGGCCUUCCCCACAGUUCCCUGUCCACUCCAUGUCUUUGAGCCCCGCUACCGGCUCAUGAUAAGAAGAUGCAUGGAAACUGGCACCAAGCGAUUUGGCAUGUGUUUAUCUGCCAAGAAUGCAGGGAUCUCAGAAUAUGGCUGCAUGCUAGAGAUUAAGGACGUCAGGACUUUUCCUGAUGGAAGUUCAGUUGUGGAUGCAGUCGGAAUUGGCCGGUUCAGAGUACUAAGCCACCGUCACAGAGAUGGUUAUAACACAGCAGACAUCGAAUACAUGGAAGAUGAAAAGGUGGAAGGCCCAGAAUAUGAAGAACUCGCUGCUCUUCAUGAUUCUGUUCAUCAGCAGUCUGUUUCCUGGUUUGCUUCUCUCCAAGAUCACAUGAAAGAACAAAUUUUAAGUCAUUUUGGGUUGAUGCCAGACAGGGAGCCUGAGCCACAGAGCAAUUCUAUUGGCCCUUCCUGGUCCUGGUGGAUCCUGGCUGUGUUACCAUUGGAACGUAAGGCUCAACUGGCCAUCCUCGGCAUGACAUCCUUGAAAGAGCGUCUGCUUGCCAUUCGACGCAUACUAGUCAUCAUUACACGUAAGAUGAAUAGUCGCCAAGAUUUGGCUAACAACAGGGAAAGAAAUAAUUGAUUUUCUCUCUACAUUAGGGUUUCUGUAAGCCCCUGUGCUUGGAUGAGUUCCCAGGCAUGGACAAAUAUCCAACCUAUUCACUGCACUUUACAAAAUGCUUGUCCAUAAAGUUGUAAAUGGAACACUUGCCAAAGGGUGACUUUUUCCCAGAAGUUAUAAGUCUGCCUAAUACAAUCUGACACUGUAAAAGAUUAACCCGAGGUUCAAGUGGAGCCCAUGGUUAGAAACCACUUAAGAGAUCUCUUCAAAGCAGAUGCUUCAGGAAUACAGUUCACUACCAGCAUGGGACAGCACACAUGGUCUACAUGGGACUUGGGUUUCAAAGGGGACUAGAUUCCUAAUCAAGGCCUUUCUCUGAAAUACGGAAACUGUGUGUGUGCCAGUGACUAGACAGUAAGUAGGAACCACCUUUUCAUGCAAGAACACUCAUAUUAGAACACAGGCUAACCAAAUACUCACCUAGGCUUUGUGUAUUGCUGUGAUGUUGUUUGUAAAAUUAAAGAAUCAAAUCCUUGUCACUCGUUACCUAUCAAGUCAUAAUUCCUGGAUAGAGCUGUGUUUCGUGCCCUGUUGUAGUCUCAGGUGUUGUAAAUUCUAUGUUGUAAUCAAAUGAAGGUGGAAAUGCAAGAAGAUGUAUCUAGAAAUGUCUGAGAAUAGCAGUUAUUUUGAGACUAUGUGUUUGUACACGCCAUAAAGAGUAAGCAAAAUUGAGUUAAACCUUAUGUGCAUUGGAAUGCGAAACAUACAGCCGAACUGUUGGAAAGAACCCCAUGAAAGCACAACCCUGUCUCUUGGAGUUGAUGGAUACUAAGCACUUGGGAAACAGCCUUUUUUUUUCUACCAGAAGCUGCAUUAGAAAUUAGGCCCGUCAGUAGCUACACGAAGCUGCCAUGCAGUGGUAGUCUGUCUUCUGUGGAAAUAAUGCAUGAAUACACAGGAGAGAAAGCUGGUUUCCACUGUAAAUAUUCAGUUUCUCCAAAAUCAAAUGAAAAUUGUCUUUGGAUUUUCUUUUUGAAAUAAAGUUUUAUGUUUAUUAGACUAGAAAUUAUCCAUUAACUAGUAGCAGUAAUAACUUCUGGCCUCCAAUAUUUGUUGGUAAUACUGAUCAGACUAACUUGAAUCUGAAAUACUGAGACAUUCCUGCUAUCCUAUCCAGCUAGUCCAAAGGGCUUCUUAGUUUGUGAAGUAAGCAUCCUUACCCCACAACCACUGAACAAAUCUCAAUGACAAGUUUUGCUUUAUUCAUCCAAGAUAUGUGAUUUUUUUUAGGUUAAAAAAUAUACUUUAGAAUACAAAAUAUUGAAGGUUCAUCAAUCCACCAAACUUUUUAUUAAAAGGACCUUAUGAUCAUAAUGCUCAUUUAUUUUAUUGUAGUUUUCAGUAGCUAAAACUCAGUUUUAUUGUGGGACUUAGAAAAUAUUAUACCUGUGUAACUUAAUUAACAUGAAUUAAAAGCACUGUGGUCAAGCAAUUUCAUGCAUGAAUAGUAGCAUUCAACUUUCCUCAUCAUUAUAACAGAAUCUGACCACUUAAACCAAAACUGCAUCUCACAUGCCAGAAGACCUUUACUGGAAGGGAUUUGUGAAGACUAAUGUGUUUGGCUAUUCUCUUUUGGAAAUUUUUCUGUACCUUAAUGAUAUAUGAAGUUGUGUUGCUUUUUCCAUUUGGAAGUGUUUAAAUAACUGUUGUGAUCAGUUUCUCCAGGAGCCUUCCUGAAGUUCAAUUCUGUGCUGAGGUGGUAUUUGGAGACUUUUGCUUCCUCAUGCUUACUUGUUAGAUGUUAUACCUCACCAAAAUACUUGGAAUCAGUACCAUUGGGUUGUUCUUCUGAUUAAGUCUGCCUCUUCUGAGUCUUCUCAUCCUGAGUGUUUUUGUAUAAAAGCCUGUGCAGUGACGAUGUAAAGGAAAACAAUGCCAGUUUUGGGGUUUUGAUACCAAAGGGAAUUUGUAAGAUUGCCUUAUGUUCUGUUUCACAGCACACCUCCAGAUAUUGCACAGUAGUAGACCAAUACUUACUGAGUUCAUGGAUGACACUGUGUGUGAGGAAGUUAACCAAAGUGAGAGUGUAUCCCACUAUCAUGUUAUGAAGGAAGCCUCCAUUUCCAAACUUAGAGACACCCAAACUCUGCUUUGCUACAAAUCUAGCUAAAACCCAGCCAUCUGUCAGCUUCCCUCUCCCACCUUUUCACUUUGUCUUUUUCUUAUCAUUUCUUCUGUAGUCACAGAAAAUAAUAUAAGCCCUCAUUUAAAGUUAGGGCAUUCCAGUUUAAUUUUACUGAAAGCAUUAUAGUAUGAACGCUCUAAUUAUACCAGAAUGAAAGCAGAGAAGAGGACCGGGAGUCAGUGGGAGUCUGUUCUCUUAUGCCUUGCUGUAAAUUCUGAUAGGUGUUUUUUCAUCCAUUCUCCUGUGUGGUGUGACUCAUAGUUACCCACCUGCUUGUGACCAAAAUGCAGCAGAAAGCCCAUGACAUAUGGUUUUGUAUGUUUUGUUCCCUGUGUGUCCCCAUUUCAGAACCUAAAGCUAGGAUGUUUUCUAAAGUUCCAAAUUAAAAUAAUUUUAAAAUGUAAGGCUUAUCCAUGAGCUACAAUGUUUCUCUAUUUAUCAAAUUCUAUUCUGUUGUACCAUUUCCAUGACCAGAAAUGUGUCCUUUUCUGUCAAAUCACCCCCAAACUCUUUCCCCCAGGAUCACCAAGACAUUUUAGUAAAUUUUCUAUUACUACAUGUGUCAAGUUUCACCACAAGACUUUUGAAUCAUCAUGAAACAAAAUAUAUGGGUGAUAAAGUGCUAUAAUAUUAUAAUUUUGUCAUAAAUUUACUUAAAAAUUGGCCAGAACCACAUUCAAAACCUUAUAUUGGCAUAGCUGUAUUAUGUGGACUCUGUUUUUUGUUUUUUUGGGUUUUUUUUUUUUUACCAGAUAUGGCUGUGAGUUAGCUAUAUUUGGUCAUAUGGACAGUGGAGGCAGGCAGCAGAUAAGAGUUCUUUCUCCUUAGCACAUCCCUGCUCAGUCUUCUAAUAGUAUGGUUCACCAAAAUGUCAUUCCUAGUGAAAUGAGAUCUGAAUGGGUAGUGUGAGCCGUGUAGGGAAAAAAAACUGAACCCUGAAUGUUGUUACCUCCUUUUCUUUUGUGGAAGACACGGAAGUCUGAGCAGUGACUUUUGACUCCCACGAAAGCCUUUGCACCUUUCCAGCUCCCCACCUAACUUGAUCUGACACUCAACGCUCGACUGGAGCAGCCUAUAUCAUAACCUUUUAGAAUCACAAAAUACUGAAGAAAAAGUGCCUCACUUGCCUACCAAGUCAAAUUAUCUCUGAAUUGUGUUCAUGUCUUAAUUUAUAAAGGAGACUGAAUGAUGACAUAGAGGGGUGAAUGCCAUUGAGAGAAAAGUUUAUUGUUUCAGUUCCUCUAGAAAUGAGAGACUCAUCAGCCAGGGCACAUGGAGAAGCACUGAGACCAGGCAGGAACAGGAAUGACACUCAGAGUCCAUUCAUGGGCUUCAGUCUUAACCACAGUUUGUAAUGGCAGCUGAACAAUAGAACGGAACUCCUUGACCCAUCCAAGUCCUUCUAUGAUGAGGGUCUGUUAGAAGUGAAAAACCCUGUUUCCAUAGCAUAUGAGAAUUAAACAACUCCAAAAGCUUAUUACUAACUGCAUGAAUACCUCCCACUUUGUCUUUAGAUCUCUGACAAACUUGAGCAAGCUCUGCGGGUUGAGGUGACUUAGGAUGGAAAGAGAUCCCUUCCCUAUUGUUCAUACUGGGCUGGAGUAUGCUGUGGAAACAGAUAGGGUUUUUCACUUCUAACAGACCCUCAUCAUAGAAGGACUUGAAUGGGUCCAGGAGCAGCACGCACCUUGCCCGUGGUUUCCUUCUCAGUUCCUGAUAUAAGAUCUGUGAACAAAAACCAUCUAGUACAUAUUAUAUAAUAGAGAAACUCAUAAAUCAACACACCAGUUCAUUAAACCCAAUACUAAACUCACACAGUCAUGGUCUCCAUCUUGUCCAGAAAUGGUUGUAAAGUAGCAGGGUUCAGUAGGUUGCAAUGGUUUAGAUGGAGAUCAAAAGAAGACAAAAGAAUUUCAUGGGCUACUCUGAUUGGAAUUCAGUAAACUUUCCACAGCUUAUAGAGCAUGCAAGAGCAGUUCGUUCCCUAAAAUUGACUCAGAUGAGGCCUCUGCCAGUUCUUAGUGGCCUCUGCUACUGCUGCUUUCCAUUAGGACGUCCCUUACUCUCCCUGCCAUGUGCACACAGUGGUCCUCAGUCCACUCCACCCUCUUGUCUAAAACUUUGAUUCCUGAUGGUUAUGCUCAUGAACAAAUAAUGUGAAAGACUUAGUAUAAUUUGUAAGUCCUACAACUGGGGUUGAUUACAAGGCCAGCUUCACUGAAAGCUGCUCCUCCCUGUCUUUUCAAGGCUAAGGUUCUAGUCAGUUCCUAUAAUAGCAAGGCUGUUAGGGGAUUUGGAACCCACAGUAGGCCACAAAUCCAAGCAGACCUUUUGUUUAUCUUUUCUUUGUAGACCAAGGAAAACAAAUAGUUUUUAAUUCUCUCAGAUAAGAAAUGUCUUAAACAGUCAGAUUGUGUUCUAAAUAAUAGACCUUUUGUCUUGAAUGCUGAUUCUUUCCAUUGGAAUGCCGUGACAUUCUGUAAGCCCUAUAAGAGGUAAACUGAGUCAUUUUCAGAGCUAUCUUUAGUGGGAAAACACAGCAAAGGGUCAACUGCACACUGCAGUUGUCUGGGAAAACAAGUGGCUUUCAUAGACCUCUGUGGUGCUGUGUCCCAGGUAUGCUAUUGGCUUUUCCACAUGAAGGCAAACAAAUAAUAAUCUUUCCCUAUAACUAGAAUGUGAAAUCAAGCUGAAUAGAGGUCUGUUACUAUGAACCAUUUUGACACCGUGGGCACUUUAGACAAUAAGAUGUUAGGAUUUGAAACAACAAGAAACCUAGGUGUCGUUUUAUUAAUUGUUGGUCGACCUCUAAGCUCAUCCAUUUGGUUGUUUACUGAUGGGAUUAGAGUGUCAACACAGAUUUCAAAGUCCCUUUUUAAGUCUCCUACAGUGGGGAGAGCCCUCACUUUCUUCAGGUGGGCUCAGUCUAUUUGGACUUUUAUAGACUCCACGCUUUUACCUACUGUGUCAGAAGAAAUCAUGCAUAAGAAUUCAGGCAGUUCAGGAAAACUGGGUACAAAAGGCCAGAACUCCACCCAUACCAAUUUCUACCUGUAGAGACCCAACAAUUCCGGUGCUGCAGAGUCAGGAAAUGCUAAGAUUAUUUCACCUUCUGAAGAGAAACUAACGUGUCCCUUUAGUUUAGAGAGUAGGCUUUGCCUUCACGAGUUCACUGACACAGCAUCACGGAAACAGGGCGCUUUCUUUUAAACAUGACCCCACUGUCAUCCAGACAGGGCCAGAUAUAGGACCUAUGGCUUGAGUCUCCUACCACAGAAAUGACCUUUUUACUCCAGGGACAUGCUGACUCAUUAAAAUUUUGUUAAAUUAAGUGGCUCCAGUAUCCACUAGGACAGUGUAGGAUGCCCCAUUUAUUUCAUUUUUCUCUGUCUCCUCAAGGCUGUUAAUGAGGAACAUUAUACUGGAAAAUCCCACUGAGCCUCAUUAAUGUUGAUUAUUUUCUUGUGGGCUGUCUGUAGGGAGAAAACAGUCUGUUCCAAAGGAAAGAGGAUGAUUGGCAGGCUGUCAUUAAAAGGGGGUAUGAUCUCCUUGUCCCCCAACAGCAAAGGCAGACACCCACCCAGAGGUAUAGAUUUCCUUGUUCUGUGUACUUUCAUCUUUGGUUUAAAAUUAGGACAAGAAAAACAUUCUGGCUUGGGAUUGUCCCUGUAAUUGUUAUAGCUGGGGAGAACUGAGCCUGGAGCCUCAAAAGUCCUCAGCCAGGGCCAGUAAUUAAGCAUCCUGUGACUUCCCAUCUCAGCUUUUUUCUUUUCUUUUUUUCCUCCCAAGUAGCUGGGACCAGAGAUGUGUGCCACCCUGCCCAGCUUUACGUUUCUUAAGUAAACUACUAAUUCAGGGUCAAGUUCAUGUACAAAUAAAGCAAUUAAUGCCAUUUCAGUCCCUGUAAGAAAUAGUCCUUGUUGCAUUUCUACCUCAAAAUGCUUCACAGUGUUUCUGAGUGAGCUCUGUAAUCUGAAACUGGUUCAUUCCUUUUUUACCUAUGAGGUGUAUAAUGGCCCACCCAGUUUCUUAUGGAAAAACUUCAGGAGUUGAAUUUAAAAGGCUUUUCUCAAUUUCCCCAGGCCUCUUGGCCCAUCCCUUGGUUACUAAGAGGUUUUAGAAUGAUUUUUAAUAAUAGAUUCUUUCUAGUUUGUUUCUGUCAUACAUGUUCAGAGUUCAGGCUUCUUCAAGUCCUAAUGAUGUGAGAAUGGGUUGGUAAAAUAAUGGUGUAUCCCACUUAUCAAGAGUCUAAAUUCCUUGAAAAUGUUUGAGACUUUUUUGGGGGGUUGCAGCAGGGAGGGGGGUCCUUAAAAUGGCUUUAGGUUCUGCUAUAAACCUGGAAUGAAAGUGUUUAACACAGGCAACUUUGGUCAGAAGAUCUCCAUUUGUAAGGCCUCUAUUUUUAACUUUCUCUUUUAUAAUCUCAAGGAGAAAAGGAAAUCCAUUUUAAAAGAGUCACUGACUCAGUGUUUAGGUGAAAAUAGAUGGGGAGAAGGAGUCAUCAGACUCAGGUCCAAGUGCAGUCCUCUUUCCUCUUGUCCACAGUUUGUCCCUUAAGCUUUCCAUUUUAUUUUUCCAAAGAAUCUUUCUUAGACAUUUAUUUUUAUU